AUGUCCACAGAUACGAAGCAGGAGACGCUGGAAAAUUCGGAGUUGAUAAAUUGGGUGAUUUUUUCAGAGCUUUUGUUAAUGGAUGAAGAUGAGGAGGGCUUCGCACAAUCUCUGAUAACCACCUUUGUCGAGCAGGCAUUGGGCAUCUUCAAGGAGAUGGAUGAGCUUCUGUCCAAAUCGUCCGAAAAGAACGACGCCAACCUGACAAAGCUCUCAAACUUGGGUCAUUACCUGAAGGGUUCAGCAGCGGCGCUGGGAUUGCACAAGAUACAGGAGGAGUGCGAGAGGAUUCAAAACUACGGUGCCAAAAUCUCCGAUGGGUUUGAGCAGAGCGAGGCCGCCAAGAAUGUUCAAGAUUGGUUUGAUUGCUGUGCCAAUGCUUUGACUGAGGCCAAGAAGUACUUCAAGGAGUCAGGGAACUUGCUGAGCGAUUACUUUGACGAGGACUUUUUUGCCACAAGCGACGAACCUGAUGCCGAGAAAGACACGGAGGAGCCAGAAGAAGCAAAACCAGAAGCUCAAUCUUAA